AUUGGUAAACGCGGUUUUACAGACUUGGGAAGGACAAAUCAGAAAACAAGGACUAUACCUCAAUAAUACUGUUCUAGUGUAAGCUCAUUAGAUUCUGAGCUAUGAAUUCGCUUUUGGUUACUACCACAACUGAAAAACAGGUCGAUGCCGCAAUUGUUUGGGAUCCUUUAGGGGGAAACCCAGUCGCUAGUUUAUCUGGUGAUAUGGCUUCGAAAUCGUCUAUCACCGGGUACUUCGGAGGUGUAGCUUGUGCAGCUGCCAGGAAACCUAUUAUACAGACUUGGAAUUUUAAUAGUGCUACCUCAGCGCACAAAAAUAUUUUGACGAAAGGAUUAGUUAGUGCUUUUGUUUUCACUCCCGAUGGAAAUUAUAUUAUCGUUGCAUUUGAUAGGGAAAUUUAUGUAUACCAGACUGUGAGUGGAUGCCUUAUGGGUGUUUUAGAAGGAUCCCAUUCUGCAAGAAUAUGUGAAAUGAAACUGUCCAAAUGGAAUUCAAACGGGCCAGCGUUUCUUGUUUCCGCUGAUAUAUCUGGGUUUCUAGCUUGUUGGUCCUUGGGGAGUCUUAUCAACGGACUAAACAUGAUGAGUACACAGAGUGCUACUGAAGUUGAGUCUCAUUCAAAUGCCAAUCUAUCAAGUGCCAAACAUCUUCCGCUCUGGUAUGUUAUUCAAGCAAGUACUAGUCAUCCUGUAUGUGCAGUUAUGGAUGAUAUAGUUGUCGUGGGUGGAUCACAAGGUCUUAAGAUAUAUGCUUUGUAUGAUGGUUGUGUUCUUGGAUCAUUACUCACAAACGUUUCUGGUGGGCUGUUAAGCCUUUGUCCUUCACCUGACAAUAAUGGAAAUCUAUUUUGUGGUGGGAAUGAUGGUUUGCUAUACACUGCUUUUAUACAAUCUCAAAGGGGUUGCUAUUCUGCAGAUAAGGAAAUACAUCGUUGUUUCUCUGACUCCAAUUUUUCAGCUUCACAAAAAGCAAUAAUUAUGAUGGCGAUGGAUCCGAAUUGUGAAAUGUUAGUGAUAGGUGCGCGCUUUGGGCUAAUUGAAAUACUAAGACCUGACUCGUUACUCACUUGCGUACAGCGGUUCUCAGUGUUCAAUCCGUCCAUAACCAACGAUUCAACAAAUACUUGUUUGACAGGUUUAUGUUUAAUACCUCGCCCUGAUUGGUUAUCUAAUACCGUUGGAAUAGAAUCAGUUGAUGCUAAAACUUCAUCCAAUUCCGAUCAUUAUACAGAUCAAAAUGGAGGUUUGAACUCUUCUAAUCCUCGGACAUGUUUUAUUGAACCAUUCAAAUCCCACUUUGGUUGGAGGCUUGAUGAUACAGUGUGUGUCCGCAUACCUGAAUUAGCAGAGGUAAGUUUAAAUUACUGUAUUUCCUCUUAAAAACACAAUUCCGUGGGCAACAAGCUAUCUAGUAGUAGAAUAGCAAUAUAAUUCUACCUUUCCGUUUUAACAUUAGGAUUAGCCAAUAAAAUAAUCGGAUAAUCGGUGAUUGAACGAUAUAGCCGAACAGACAGGUAUUAGAAUUGUAACCUAUUUCAAAAUUUCUGCCAAAAUAAAUUUCAGCGGACAGAAUGUCUGCCGCAUUAACUACGAAUGUAGAGCAGAAGUCGAAUUUUUCAUCAGAAGAAGCAAGCAUCUUUAUGGAUGAUUUUUACCCUGUUUCAGGUAUGAGCCAAAUAAAACUUGACAGUUUGGGAAGUGAAGAGCAUAAAGUUUUAAGACAAGAAAUUGAUCGCGUUACUGCAUCCAAUCGCGAGCUACUUCGAAGACUUGUCAAUUUUGAAUUGAGAUCGUCAGUGUGAUUUUUUGUGAAAUGUACAAAAUACACUUUUCCAUGAAAGAAGCGUAGCCCUUAGUUGUGAUAUUUUCAUUCUUGUUUCUUGUCGUCACUACUUGACUUAGUGCACAUGCUUGGUAUCUUCAGUAUCAAUGAUUUGUUUGGAUCUAGAUGUAUGCUACGAUAAAUAGAUUGCGUUAAAACAUAGUCUAGGUUUUAACUCUGAACUUUACGAACCAUCAGAAAUCAAUGACAGGCAUAAAAAGUGGGAAAAUCACUUCUUUAACUUCAAAUAGUCUAUUUUCUUUCGAAUUGAUUCUGUCCAUCGGAUCUUUAUACUGUAACACCGGUUUAAACUUGCUCCAUAAAUUUUAUUAUAGCAACUUCCAUUAUCAAGCAUUAUCUUUUUACUGUACUGUUGCUUUAUUACGACUAGUUCGAAUACUGGUGAUCAUGUGUUCCGAAGAGGCGGCAAUGCCUCCGGAUUUAUUCCGUUUUGCUUCUUCCCCCAUAAUCAGUCACAUUCACUAUCGUCAAUGUGUGAACUCUUUAAACAACUAUGAGUUAAACCCAUUUCCAGUAUAUGUAUCUGUAAAAGCUUGGCUUCGAUAACCACUUGUCUACUAUCCCAGUAGGAUCAUUAAAUAGGCUCACCUAAUAUAAACAUAUCCUCAGCUUUAGGUAACUUCAGGCAUUUUUAGUGUAAAUAUGAUAUAUUCUUUCAUAUAAAUUGGCAUAAAAAUAACUUAAAUGUAGGUUAUCGAAAUGUCUACACAAAGAUUGUUAAUAAUGGUAAUACGCAACAACAAAGAAAAAUGAAAAAAAGUCUCUAUGCUAGCCUUCACGUAAUAGGUGUUUAGAUUGAUCAAAGAAACAGUUACUAUAAAGCCAGGUGUGAGUAUGACUGCCUCGAAAAGGGCGGGAAUUUGGCUAAUCACCCCAGGUGUCUGAAGAGAUGAGAUUAUAGCAACUCACGCGCAACUGAGUCGGUUCACAUUUAAUUCGGUUAAGUCAUUUUGUUAACUUAUUAACAAACUGAGUCAUCGGUACAGCAUCAACUUAUCUAUAUCAUUGUAUCUUUAUUAUUGUUGCGGAU